AUGCCACCGAGUAUGGUGGCCUCUCAGGUGCGCCAGGAGGUGCAUAACUUCUGCCAAGGCGUCGUAGAGAGCUUCGGUGUUGUUUUGGUGUGGUCAUCCGCGCUGGAUAAGCGACGCGCACGCGACGUCGCUGAGGUGACGGAGGAGCAGAGAAGACUGUCACCUCCGCCACCCCCGUUCGCAUCGUUCGCGGAUAUAGCUGAGAAGGAAGCUGCAGAAGGUGCACUUCCGACAGCGCUAGCACCAGGGCUCCCUGUGCCGCUGCUUCGGACCGCGCUUCUCUCUGGGAGUGGCCCUGAUGCACCUCGUCUGGCCCGCACCUUCUUGAUGCCGUCGUGGAGUUUACUGGAGCGGGACCCGAAGCUGUGGAUGCUCCUGCGCAAGAACCUCCUGGCGAAUCUUGCCCUUGCUUUUCUGACGCUCAUGUACAUGGGUCUAUCACACUGCCUCGCUUCGAAAACGUCCUUGUCGACUCGUAGUUCGGCCGUCGGCGGUGCAGGUGCCACCGUUGCGAGUCUCUCAGCGGACACCCACAGCAACAACGACACCUAUGCAACGAGGUCCCUUACCACAACCCUGAUAUUCCUCUUGUUUCUGUGGUGGGUGCGGCUGAGUCUGUGGAUUCUCAAGUACGUCGGCCAGUGGCCCUUCUACACGCUUCUGCAGAUCAUCGGACUCGUGUGGUUUAACCAGCUCUACCGCGAAACCUGGCUGGUGCGCAAAGGGUGGGUGCUCCGUGGCACCGAGCUACGCGAAGCGCCGGCUGCGGGGUCUGCGAAGACUAAAGCCAUGGCGGGUGGUGGUGGCAGUGGCGCUAGUGCUACUUUUCCUCACCCCCCGUCUACUUCGUCUCCGCCGUCAGCCGCAGCCAGUGCGGCGUUGCCAUGGCUUUCACUUAUUCCCCUAUAUCCUAGCGCUGACAGCGGUGGUAGCGGUGAAGAUGGUAUUCAGUACGAGGCACGGGGACCCUCGUCUUCGUUGCUGCUCAUGUGCGUGACGCUUCUGCGUUCUGUGCUGCCGUACGUACGGCACACGACAAACUUAGUGUGGCGCAUGGUCACGCACAAGGGCCCGACAGCAGUGCUACAGGACUGGGUACUCGGUGAUGCUUCCAAAGCUGCUGCUGCUGCUGCUGCCGCCUCGACUUUGACCAGUGCCCGCCACCCGCAUGCACCUGCCACGGCUGCGACAUCGUUGCAUCAGUCGCAGACAAUCUCCACAAGCCCCGACCCGUUUGCGACUGUCGUCCUUCAACUCGAAGUCAUCAGCGAGGUGCUGUUUAAGGCGCUGGCGACUAUGUCCUUUGCGCUCUUUUCCUCCGCCAUUGAGCGACUGCCGCUGAUCGGUACACCACUCUGUGCGGUGCUGAAUGCACAGCUCUACGUCUUCUACGUCUUUGACUACCGGUACGCCGCGCAGCAGCAACCGGACGCGGUGCACCACCGCGGGUCAGCACUCACGUACCAGCUGCGCCACUUUGAGCAGUGCUCAAUGUACUACGCGGGCUACGGUAUGAGCUCUGCCGUGCUGUCUCUGUGGCUGACCCGCCAGCUUGGCACAGUCGUGUCUGUGUGCGCUGUGUCGGUGCUGUACUCGUGGCAGGUGGUGUGGAGCGGCUUUGCAGUGCCCUUGCCCUCGUCGAGACCGGUGCCGCUUUUCUCCGUGUGGUUCUACGCUGUGGACAUGGCGCAGCGACACUACGCUGUGCUCUGGCGCAUGGUGGUGAUUGCAGUCCUCCUCUACCUACCCUUCGACUGUGCAUGUUGUUUACUUGGUACUGGCGUGUGA